UCUGUCUGUGUUUGUGUGUUCAUUAAAAAUGAGUAAGUUAAUAAGUAGUUUCACUUCCCUCUCUAUUAAUACACUUUCUCUCUUUCUCUCUCUCUCUUGGGCGUCUCUGUCACAUUUAGCAGUUUAUUUUAAUUCCAGGAAACAUUCAAACUCAUCUGAACACUUCAGAAGAGCUUCAGGAGAACUGAAUCUACUGACAACAGAAAGGAUCAUUUAAUAAGAGAGAAGGAUGAGGAUCAUCUUGACUUUCACUCUGCUGAUGAUUCCUGGUGUCGUGAGCUCCAUCAGUGUGACAGGAUAUUCAGGAGGAGGAGUCAAGAUCACAUGCAAAUAUAAGACAGAAUAUACGGCAAAGUCUUUUUGUCGAGGUGAUCAGAGGUCCACAUGCUCUGAACUCAUCAAGACUGAGACUAAAGAUAAAUGGGUUAAUUCUGGAAGAUUCUCUCUGUAUGAUGACACAAGAUCAGCAGUCUUGAAUGUGACCAUCAGAGAUCUGAGUGAAAAGGAUUCUGGGACGUACAACUGUACAUUUGGUAAAACAGGAGAUAAAGAUUCCUACACUGAAGUGAAUCUGAAGGUUAUAAGAGAUCAACAAAACAGGACUGUGAGCGGAUAUUCAGGAGGAAACGUCAUUAUAAACUUCAAAUAUAAGAUGAAACACAAGAACAAUGUAGAAGUCUGUAAAACUGCAGCAGAUCAAUGUUUGACUGUAAUGAACACUAACAGAGCAGCAGAACAGAAACAUGACGGACGAUUCUCUGUUUAUAAUAACAGAUCUGCAGAUCUCUUACGUGUGUUUAUCAGAGAGCUGAAUGUGAAUGAUUCUGGAAAAUAUAAGAUUACAGUCAAAGUUACUGAACAAUACAGUGUCUUCUCUGAGUUUAAUCUGGACAUCAGAGACGAUGAUUGUUGUGAGAAGAGCAUCAGUCUAUCAGCUGCUGCAGGAGGAUCUGUGAACAUCAGCUGCAAAUACCCACAAUCCCACAUUAAUGAUGUGAAGUUUCUCUGCUGGAGAUCUGGAGAUGAUCUCUGUGCUGAAGUGACGUCUGUGAAGGAGAGCAGAAGAUGGAGUCCUGAGGGAAAGAUCCAGCUGUUUGAUGACAGGGAAAAGCAGCUCCUGAUGGGAAGCAUCAGUCAUGUGACUGAACAAGAUUCAGAAUACUGGUGUGGAGUUCAGUCUGAUCAAGGACACAAGAGCUUCAUCACACGAGUCCUGAUCGAUCUUACAGAUCAGUGUCUGGUGUUGCAGCAUAAGUGUGGUAAUGUGGAUACAGUAGAAGUGCAGGUUUUAGUGCUGCUCGACUUCCAUCAUUACCUCUCUGUGCAGAUCAGGCAGAUAACAGAGCAGGUGAGGGACUGCACUGUUUCACCUAUACCAGAUGAUCAGCCUCAAGCUACAUCAAGGUAUCGUACCCCUGCUCAGAGAUUCGAUGUUCCUCCUCAUGCUCAGUCUCAUCCAUAUGCUGAACCCAUCCACUGUGAUGAGAAGUCCAGAGACAACUAUUAUCUAUACUUGGGUGUCAAUAGCAAAACUGAAACGGAUACUAAAGACAACUCCUGUCUGGUUAACACCACCAAGGACACCCUGUAUGUAGAUUGCUGUAUCUACAGCCACAAGGUUCUUCUAAAGGUGAGCAAAGUCAUCACUAACGGGGACAAAUCUAUUGAGGCAUAUACUGUAUUAGACGAUGGGGUGGAGAGGACCAUACUGCUCCACACAGCAGCACAGCAGUUAAAUCUGAAGGGGCAGCCUAAGGACCCAAUACUGCGAACGCAAAUCAAGUUUGUGUCCACCAAUCCACCAGGAGCACCUCACUUUGGUGGAUGCUGGGAGAAGGAGAUCCGUUCAAUCAAAACAGCUCUCCAAGUUACCAUUGGAGCACAGACUGUGACGGAAGAAGUCCUGAGAAUAGUCUUGACUGAAAUUGAAGAGAUUUUCAACUCAAAACCUCUUGGUUACACCUCUUCAGAUAUUUCUGACAUUGCGCUGAGCAGACAUGCAGAAUGA